UUUUCGUGUCUUUCUGUUUUGCCCUAACUUUAUGCAAAUUUCAUUCUCCAUCUUUUCAGAAAUGUCACACAUUGCUUUAACUGCAUCACCCACCGUAGUCGCUUUUCACCGUGGAGCGAAACAAUGGAGCACGCUGUUUCCGAGUAGCUGGAGAAGCAGGGGAAUCAAUCCAUCCUCAUUUCCAAAUUCCACCAGAAAACGGUUACCGUUGCGGUUUUUUGCUUCUGGAAAAAAUGGCGUCAAUGGAGGUGUUGUGGAUGAGAUAUCUGAAACAGUAAAGGCGCACACGGAUUUCGUUUGGCCUGAUAACAAGAAGCCUAGAGUGUGUAUUUUAGGUGGUGGAUUCGGUGGUUUAUAUACUGCUUUAAGGUUGGAAUCACUCCAGUGGCCCGAAGACAAAAAGCCACAUGAAUAACUUAGGAGCAUCUUUCUUGAUGAGAUUAUGUCUCGGUACAGAACAUUCAUCAAUGGAGCAAAAGAGAAAAAAAAAAGAAUCAUAUAACAACGUGGAAAUGCCUUACUCCUAUAUUAGUUUCCUUAACAAGUUCCCUAAUGACACUCUUUAGAAUAUUCCUUAUAUUUAUAUUUAGUGGAGCAUUAUGUUAGAUUGUAAGAGAUGAGAGGAACUGAGUUUAAAUUUAAUCCCAAUUAUAUGUUAUGAUUGCAUGGUGAGGAAUGGAUUAGGAGUAUGUUUGGAUUGACUUAUUUAAAUUUAUCUCCUGACAUAAGCACUUGUGAGUAUGUUUGAAAGAACUUAUGGAAACAGCUUAUGACAUGGCUAUAAAAUGUUUUCAACUUAUAUCUAUAAGCUCUCCAUGAUAGGUUAUGAAAACAACUUAUAGCUUAUAAGAGUAUAGUAU